CGUUUUUGAAUUUUUGUGUGUAUUUGAAUGAGUUGCUACAAUUGGAACAUAAGUUUACGUAACGCGUAUUCACGUGUAGUGAGAUAAGGCGGGCAGUGAAAUAUUAUUAGCUCUUCAAAUUUACUAAUCAAGGAAUUAAACACUUUUGAUAACCCUUGAGGUUUGAAUUGAAAUAGACACCUCAUUUUUGAUCUAGGUAGCCGUGGUAAGCAGGGACAAGAUUCGCCCCACCCCCAUCAUUGAACUCGCCCUCUUGGUGGUAGUGGUGAGGUUUGUUCGUAGAUGUUGGUUUUCGUGAAUUAAGUGAUUUUACGCGGUACGAGUGAUGGUAUAUUUUGUUAAGAUAAUAUGAACUUCAGGUGACACAGUCGUUUGAUUUUUAUAACUUCUAGCUGACAAGGAACUCGGCCUGACCAAGAAAAUGGCUGGAUUGGAUUUACUAAGUGGAGUUUCAUAAAUUCAUGCUGGGAGUGAUUGUUUUAACGUGGCGUGUGAAACGUAUCACUACAUUCGAUUAACUACGUAAAACAAUGAAGACGCUGACGUCGUCAACCAAUGCGGUGUCCGCUUCUGAGACGACAGAUGCCCAAAAUGCGUCUGCAGUGUUUAUUUUGAAAGAGCAGAAUGGGGGUACGAAUGGAGCUUUGAGCCCCAAUAUGAAGUCCUUCACGUUGAAGAGAAAUGGUAUGAAGAAUGAGGAACAAGAGAACGGCCAUCAGAUACUGGAGCAGAAAUCAGCCACCCUACCUGCUGCGGUCUCAGAAAGCAAGAAGAAAAUCGCUCUGUCCAAGAAGGGCAAGACAUUCUGCCAGAAUUGUAAGAAAAAGUGUUCAGGGGAGGUUCUGAGAGUUCAAGACAAAUAUUUCCACAUCAACUGUUUUAAGUGUCAAGUGUGCAAAAACUCGUUGGCCCAGGGUGGCUUCUUCUGUAAGGAUGGUAACUAUUACUGCACGGCAGACUAUCAACGCCAGUUUGGUACCAAAUGUGCCAAGUGUGGUGACUAUGUGGAAGGAGAAGUGGUGUCUGCACUUGGAAAUACGUACCACCAGAAGUGCUUCACAUGUGCCAGAUGCAGGCAGCCAUUCCCUUCUGGACAACGUGUUACAUACACAGGGAAGGAAGUUUUAUGUCAAAAGUGUGUUCAGAUUCCUGUACGGGAAACACAGACCCUACAGGCAAGCCCUUCCAGCAUUAAUGGUCCAGAAUGUGCUGGAUGUCAGGAAGAGUUGAAGGAAGGACAAGCGUUGAUUGCAUUAGAAAGGCAGUGGCACAUUUGGUGCUUCAAGUGCCGCACAUGUGAUUCAGUUCUGCAUGGAGAGUACAUGGGGAAAGAUGGCAUUCCAUAUUGUGAGAAGGAUUACCAAAAGCAGUUUGGAGUGAAAUGUGCCUACUGCAACCGAUACAUAUCAGGCAAGGUGCUGCAGGCUGGGGAUAACCAUCAUUUUCAUCCAACUUGCGCUCGAUGCACCAAAUGUGGCGACCCCUUUGGUGAUGGUGAGGAAAUGUAUCUACAGGGUACAGCCAUCUGGCAUCCCCGUUGUGGGCCUGGUCCAACAGAAAAUGGUACUGUCCUGAAUGGUUCGUUGGAGAAUGGCCACUGCACAGAUGGGGAAUCUGGCAAGGAGGGUGGUCGUGAAUUUGACCAUAUGAGCAGCUCUGCUGUCAGCGAACUGCAGUUUUCUCUUCGUUCCCGCACGCCUAGUCUUAAUGGUUCAUUGUAUAGCCCAUAUAAUAGUUUGUCCAGAAAGUACUCCGGUGGAUAUCAGCGCACUGGUAGUCCAGGCCUUAUCCUGCGUGAGUACAAGAAUAACCAGUACCCAGAUGACAUCAGUCGCAUUUACACAUACAGCUACCUAACAGAAGAGCCCACACAGGGAUACUUGAAGCGACCCAUCGACCCAUAUGACAAGCCUCCAACUUCACCACACUUUCAUCGACCUUCAUCUGCAAACUCCCGGAGCAGUGGCAAGUUCACACUCAACAAGGCCAGUUCCAAAUCUGGCAUGAAGGUUCUUGUGGACAGCAUCAGGACAGAGAUGCCUCGUCCCAGGUCCCCACAUAUGAAUAACGAGGAGCCAAUCGAACUUGCACACUUCCCAGCAGCCAAACGUCCUGGACCAGGAGAGCAGCCAAAGAUUGAGAGAGAUGAUUUCCCUGCCCCACCAUACCCUUACACUGAUCCUGAACGGCGACGGAGGUGGUCAGACACAUACAAAGGUGUCCCAGACUCAGAUGAAGAAGAUGAGGUAGAUGGCAAGGAAAACAAGGAUAAUGUGGAGAAAGUAGGAGACAAGAAACUUAAGAAAGAGGAGGAGGAACUAAGUAAGAUUGCAACUGGCAUUGGAAAGGUGUUCUUACAGAAUGUACGUGAGCGUGAAAAGCUGCGGCAGUGGAAGUUGGCACAUAUUGAUCCUCGCAAUGCAUCAAGAACUCCAUCUGCUGCACAUGAGCCUGUUUAUCGUCUUCGCUAUGAGUCUCCCGUUAAUGCUUCUCCAUCUCGUAAUGUGGAUCAUCCUCGACCAUGGGAGGAUGACGAACUGAUGGAUCGGAGCUCUAGUUAUCGAUCUUCAGUUGGACGAUCUGUAGGGACCAUACCAAGCUAUAACGUGGUAUCAUCACUGCGGGCUGCUCCAAAGCCCGGAUAUGGUCUCAAGUCCUCCACCUUGCCUGCAACAGGACGAAACGGCGGCCCAGCGGGCUUUGCUGGUGAUUUCUCAUUCAGUGGCCUUGGAGACAAAACUCAUAGCACUGAGUUCAGCAGUGGCAAAUCUGAUAUUUCAGCUGGAUCCAUUUCUGAGGUGGACAGGCGGGGAUUGAAUUCUGAUAUUCCUGUGUCAACAACAUUUGCGGGAGGGCUUCGUUAUGCUGCCUCAUACAGCCCACACUUGCGCCGUUCAUUGCCCAAUAUGGCCCACCCAAUGUCCACCGAGCCUGCCAAGAUCUACCCCUACCACCUGUUGCUUAUCACCAACUACAGAUUGCCUGCAGAUGUGGACAGACUCAACCUAGAGCGUCACUUGUCUGAUACAGAAUUUGAGGCACUGUUCCAAUGCAACCGGGUUGAGUUUUAUCGCUUGCCACAGUGGAGACGGAAUGACAUCAAGCGGCGUGCCCGGCUCUUCUGAUGGAACUCCGCAACUUCAUUGGACCAUACAAAUGUACUGUGCUGCCAUCUUUGGUUAAUUUGCUGCAAAUUAUUACCUAGUGGUUAGAGGAUUACAGAAAUCAACAUGAACACAGUUCAGCUUAACUAGACAUAAAUGCACUGAAGGAAAUACUCAUGCUUUGUAUAAUAGUUUGAUUGCAGAUAACAUAAUUCUUUAUGUGAUACUUUACAGAACUGUGGGCCAAUAUGUUAAAAUAUUUUAAACGUCUAUCCAGUAACAGCCUCUCGUCCAUUUUCUAGAUUUUGUACUGUUAUUUCCUUGAGUGAUUUCUGCAGUUUGCUGUAAAGAAGUUGUUUUCUUGUUGCUUGGCAGUAAAGUACAUAAUUUUUUAAUUCUUAACAGAUGGUGGCACAGAACAUGUAAAAGAUUUGGUGCUGAAUACCUUUUCUUUCUUAUAAUGGUGCAUUAAAUUGAACACAGUGGCAUUGGUUAAUCGGGGUAAUAGCAGCCCUCCACAUCUCUUUCUGCCCACUUCGUCAAAUAGAAUUUAUCAGAGUAUAAUGUGAAUAACUCAACUUCAUCAUUGAUCUGUGUUUAGUGCUGUUGACCUUGCUAUUAAUGAGAACUGCUCUCUGCUUUCCUCAUACUUCUUAAUCUAGUUUUUACUUAAUUGAUGCAUUCAGGAUUUUAACAUGAUUCACAUUCAAGGACAUUUAACUUAUUUCUUUGAUGCUGAAACUUGUCUAAAUAUUUAAGAAUUCAGUCUAUACCACAAAGAAAACACAACACUUUUCUAUUACAAAAAGUAAUCUGUUUAAAGCUGUUAGGGAAGUAAUUGUUGUUUACACAAAGCCAUACAAAGCCGAAGAAUACAAAAUACAGAAUUAUUAAUUGUUAAGCAGACAGUACUAUUAGUUACCACUGGGUUUCAAAGGUUAAAGUUCAAGUAGAACAGUUCUUUGGAAAUUAAUUGAGCCCAGUUCUUUAAUUUUGGUCAGUUCAAAGGAAGUUGAGUUAUGAUACAGACAAGUUACCAUUUGCUCAGUCCCUGUAGUUUGACAGUCAUUUAACAAAAUUAUAUGAUGUUUGUUAUUCACUUUAUUGGUUUCCUGUGACUUGGGCAGAAUUAAAAUUCUUUAACCUGCAAGAACACAAGUGAUGGCAGUGUGAGGCCGAAGUGUCAUCUUUAAUAUGAUGUUUACUUCUUUGUAUUGAAUGUGUAUAUAGUAUGCUUACCUUUUAUAUUUUCUGGUGGGACCUCAGUGUACAGUGGCUAAUGUUCAGAAAAAUGUCACUAUGCUUUGAUUGCUACGCUUAACAUCUCACAAUAUCAGUUACUUCAAGAUGUUGCGUUGUGAAUAAUGGCUGGUGUAAUGUUUAAGAAAACGCCUGUACAAAUUGUGAAUAUUCUCUUCUGGUGCCACAUUACUGCAUUUCUCCCUCGUCACUUUAUGUAUUUCUUUUUACCAUAUUUCACAGGUGCAUGAAUGAAGAGGUACUUUUGUGCUUUUCAUAAAGAUUUAAGGCUUUCUUGUUUUGUGAAUUAGUCAAUCAGGAGGGAUAUUCACAAUCAUUAAUCUUGAGCAAGAUUCUGAUUUUGGCCCAAAUUGUUAGAUUAAGUGGGAUUUUUAAAUGUAUGUAUUGCAAAAUAUUACAAAUCUUUAAGCUUUUGGUGCAUGUGUUUUUGUCUAGACUUAAAUACCUUAUGGUUUGUAUAUUUCAUGUAUAAUACUGGUAAAACCUAUAAUGUUAUUGGUUAUUGUAUUUUUCUUCUUGAUAGUAUGUUAAUUUAAGUUCCCCUCAUAGUCUGUGAAUGACAGUUGGUGCUUGCCCACAGUCCGCUCACUCAGCCUUUCAUGCCAAAAAUAUCGGUAAUAAACUGUGUGGCUAUAAAGUGGUAAUGGAUAGGAUGGUACUUCAAAAAGGUCCUAAUUCAGAACAGAUUGAGAAUUAUUUCCAAAAAGUCAAGAAAUGUAUCUGAUGACUAUAUGCCCCAGUUGUGUUUCUUUUUUAAGUCAGUGCUUUGUUUUUAUUUGUCUUAUAAUUAUCUUUAUAGAAUAAUACUUGUCAGAAGUGUUAUUACAAUAUUUAUUUUGUGAAAGUUACCAGGAGCCAUGAGUCAGUAGAGUGACUGGCCGUUGACUGGGUGGCUGGAGUUUGUUUCCUGACAGAGAUUUUGAGUAUUUCUAUCUUCACUACAUACAAAACUCCUUUGGAGUCCAAUCAACCCUCAACAGAAUGAAUGCCAAGCAUCAGGUGCAUGAAGUGUGAAGUUGAUCAGUAACCUCCCACUAGUGCUGAAGUUACCCCUGCAGUUUCUAUGCUCACCUUUAUGGCAUGGUGAUUGGCUGCAGCAGUUAUAUUUCCUGUAUCCGUACAACAGUAUUGUUAAUACUGGAUGUCAAAUUUAUUCCUUAAGACUAUGAUCGAUUUUUCUAACUUGUUUUCCUAGACAUCACUUAGGAUGUGGAUGCUUGCAUUUAUCUUCAUUGCAGCUUCCAUUGUUAGGUAAUUAAAACCUCCAUUAUACACGUAACUGUGAACUAUGUUUUAUAUUACUUCAGUGCUUGUCAAUAUGGGAGUUAAUUUCAGUCUCACACUCUCCUAGAAUGUAAUCUGAUGGGGAAGACAGCCUUCAUUUUUAGUUUGUUAGUUAGUUACCAUGUGAAGCAGCCAGCAUAAAAACCCUCAAUUACAAUUGCAUACUUAAAAUAUCUUUCACCUUGCGUGUCAGAAGAUAAGGCAUUAUGCCACAAUGCCCAUCCGGUCUAAAGUGACAGCUCAAUGAACCAUACCACACUCUUGCUUACUUUGUCUAUUGCCAGGUGUAAUUUUUCAUAAGGUUUUCUUGCUAUAAUGGUGUUAUUUACAGUUAUUGCACUUAAUAGUGGAUGGAACUUAAUUUCAUGUCAGAAUGUAGGAAUGAGUCAUUUUCAUGACAUGGUGUUUUGUAAGAUUUGAGGUUUUCACGGUGGUGAGUCUGAAGCUUGCUGUCUUCUGUGUGAUUAUGCCGUGUAGUCUGGUAGAAGUUUACCGAUGUUUCAGAAGACGGCAAUUACCACAGUAGUAUAACUCUUUGUUCCCUCUAGGAUUGUCUGCAGCUCAAUCAUUUGUGGGCCAGUUCAUCUUCCUUCCUGAAAUGUUCUCUUUCCCCACAAGUAUGGUUAAUUCAACUUGCAGUAUAAAAUGCAUUUGUCUCCUGUCCAUUAACCACUGUUAAAACAAUUAUGAAUUUAGAAAGUAAUUUCUUGCAUUGCUUGGUGGGUGUAAAGUUCAUUAGGUUAACGAUGAUGGAAUGCAACAGUCAUUUUAAAAUAAAUUGCAGUAAUGUGAAAUAUUACCAACUAUCACCCCUGAACUACUGAACUGACUAGCACUGAAGUGUUUUUAUUUAUCCUCCUCAUUUCUAUAUAUACUUAUAUUUGUCUGUUCACAGUGUAGCAUGCAAUAGGAGAUUGACAAGGCUGAAGUAACUUCAUUACUUUUAUAAUUACAGGCAGCUCUUCCCAGCUUUGUCUUAAUAAUAUCUUAAUUCAGAGAAAUUAUUAAUAUAUAAAAUAUUGUAAGCUUCAGGUAUAAUACUGCUGUAUAAACAGGUCUAUGUGUGAGAGUGCAUAGUUUAAAGGUAAUAUUGUGCUUAAUUGCAAAACAAAAAGCAGUGUGACUGUGACAUUUGAGAAUUCUGCUGCUUUUUUUUAAUUUGUCCUCAUAACCAAGACAUUGAAAAAGUUUGCAUUUAUGAAAUAAUGUUAUUGAUACAACUGUGGAUUGUAGGAAUUUUUAUCAUUUCAGUGAAAGAUCAGCAUUUUGUAAUUGUUCCUACAUUGGUUCCACAUACAUUGACACUAUUGAAUUUAUUCUAUUGCUUUUGGUGCUAGUCUGAAAAUAGGAAUUUAUAAAGUUAAAAUUUUAGGCAGUAUAAUAUUUUAAAUGGCAUGCAUUUAAUUUUAGCCAUGUCAUAUUUUAACUUUAAAUUUGGUUCAUGAAUGUUUCCUGUUUAUGUAGAACUCUUGGCAUUGUAGUAACUGGUAUUGCUCAUUUCAUUCUGAAUUGGAUGCUUUGGUUAUGGUUUCUUUAUAUGUGAACUAAACAUACUGUAACUGAUUGUGGUGUAUGUUGUCGCAAAUCACGUCACUCCUUUCAGCACUUAUUCUUCCUAAGACUUUUUCACUUUUUGUGAGUCAUGUGACUCUGUAGGGCCUUUAGUAAUUCAUUGUACAUAUAACUGAAGAAGGCUACAGUAGCAUUGUCAAGGAUAAUUUUUAUUGCAUUUAUUUGUUUGUAUUUAACAUGGUGACUGUAUUUUCAUAAUAGUUUUAAGUUUGACUGAAUUAUAAUUUUGAUAGUUUCAGGUUAGCAAAGCCUCAUAUUUCAAGACUUUGUUGAACAUAAAAAAGUAUGGUGCUUAUUAAUUAUGACACAGUAUUGUGUCACUUAAAGGAAACUGUGAAUUAUAAUUAAACAGUUUGAAAAGCUUUAAUAUAAUAUUACAUCACAGAAAAAGAAAUUUACAAAUGAUGACAACUCUGACAAAAUUAAGAAUGUGUAGCAUAAGAUCAAAGAUAACGAUUAGAUGUGAAAGUGAGAUGUGGGUUUUGAAUAAAAGAUACAACCAACAUUAGAAGCAGUUAGAUGAGACUAUAAGACCAUUGCUAGGAUUUGCAAAUUUGAUCAUCUGUUCUUGGAUGGGAGUUGGCUUUAGAAGCUUAAAAUAUAACUAGUUCAAGAAGAAAAAGAAGAUUACACCACAUGGACAUAAUUCCAAGAUUGCAUACCUCCUCAGUAAACAAUGACUGUCCUGUACCCUCAGUCUGAUGAUGGUAAUUAUCUGGUUUAUUCUGUGUUAUUCCUCUAAAAGUUUAUCACUUAGGACUGUGUUACAGUCCUGCUUUACUUCAUUUGAGUCAGUUAUAUAGACUACAGGUGUGAUCCAAAAAGUUUACUAAUGUGACAUAAUUUAUAUUAUAAUUGAUUUCAAGCUUUCAUGGCAAUUCAUUAUUUAUAUUAAACAUGUUUUUGGGUGUGCACACCAUGCAGAAGUCGGCUCUUUGCUGACCUUUCAGAAGACUUUAUUGCCUGUGUUAUAUGAUAGCAAUAAUUUCUCCUUCCUUUUUAUAUAAUUUGCCUUCAUUAUCCAAAUAUAAAAUUCUCCAGCAUCAUAAUGGAAUAAUUUUACAAAAACUUCAUAUAGUAAUGCUUCACUGGAGGCCCACAUGAAUGUAGUUCAAUUCCCACUCUUGCAUUUUCAUGCUGGUACUGGAACUUGGAUAGUUUCAGUUCAAGGAUAUUUGAUCUGAGAUUUGUUUCCUCUGGCUGGAACUUCUGCUGGUUUCUAAUUUAGUAACAUUAGAUACUAACAUUUGUUGAAUUACUUCUGUGAGAGCACAUGUCCUUCUAACUUUUGGGUUGGUGAAAUUGUGAUUUUGGCAGGUUUAAUCAGUUCAUAAUGAGCCAGGAUAGGUCAGCCAGUAUAGUGACUAGCUACAGGCUUUACAACUGGGUUUCAAUCCGCGAUGGGGGCAGAGGAUUUUUCUCCAGCCUGUGCAUCCAGUCCAGCUCUGGGGUCCACCCAGCCUCCUAGCUAAUUGGUACUGGGGUCCUUUCCCAGGGCGUGAUGCUGACCACUCAUCCCCCAUCUAGUGCCAAGGUCAAGAAUGAGUUGUAGCUAUACCACCUCUCCCCCCAAGCGAGUUACAUGGGGUGUAGCACGACUACUUUGCUUUAUAAUAAGUGUAUAGCACAAUACUAAAAUGCCAAGACUGUCUACUACUGAUUAUGAAUGUCACACAAGUAUGAAUGGAAGAAGGAUCGCUUGUUUAGAAAGUGGCUUUAAUAUCUGAAUUUAAAUAUAAUGAUUGUAGUGUUUACAGAGGUGAUUAGAACCAAGAGCUGUUAUGAUUUGUAUGGUGAUUGGUAUGUUGGAAGUGCCUCAAAUUGUGCACCAAUUUUGUAGUUGUAUGUUGGUAUCAGUGCUGAAAAUAGUACAUAGCCUUGCAUAUUUGUCAUAUGUGCUUCUUGUACUCUUUAAUGUGUUGCCAACAGUUGAGGCUUGCUAUGUGAAAUGAAGUAGAGGUUUCCUUCACUUCAGUGUUUUCUUUAGGUAUUCUAAUUUGUUAAUGCUAUUUUGUACUUACUCUUUCCUAUCAGACAUUCAGUAGUGAUCUUCUGGUUGAAGACCAGACUUUUAAAGAUAUCUUAUACUGCUAUUAAACAUGUUACUUAUUUCAAGUAACCUCGUACAUGUCAUUUGUUUAAGGUAUUUUACUCUUAUAAACAGUUUUAAUUCUGCUUGAAAAUAUUUCUAGUUCUUAUAGUUAAUUUUGUAAAAAAAAUGCUAAUGCUGAUACCCACAAUUUUAUUCUUCUUUUAGAAUGCAAAAGUGAAGAAGGUGAAUAUAUUUAAAAUAUUGCACAUAAACCAUUGUUUCAAAAUGGAUUAACAUUAAUGCAAAGCAAGACCAGCACUGUUGCCAACCUGAAAAGAGAAUCUGUGACUUGGAAGUGAAAUAUGGUUGUCCUCCACCACAAUAAGGUUCUGUUGUAGAUGGUGGUGGGGGUGUUCCUCUCCCUGUUGCAUUUUAUUUGUUUAUAUUUGCCCUUCACUCCCUCUCCUUGGUCCUAUAUUUGUUUGUGAUGGUUGUCCUUCUGACACAGAAGGAAUACAUACUGAUUUGUGUUUACAUUUGACAUUGCUGUGGUUACAUCACUUAUUUGCUUUUGAUUCCUUUGUAUAAAUACUACAUACAGUAAUAAGAUGAUAAUAUAUGUUAUUUUGAUGAUGCUGUAGAUGUAGAUAAGAUAUAUUCAGUGAAAUAAACUAGAAAAGUUUGCUUCAGUAUA